AUGUUACAUUUUGUUUCUCUUCUUCUUCUGGUCGCCAUCACACUUGCUGGCGAUGUUACCUAUAUUCAGAAUCGAUUUCAAGGUUGGCUCGAUGGAGACAAGAUCUCGGUGAAGCUGAGGUUCAGCACGGAUUCCCCGGCCGACGUCAUUAUCUACGAAGAUACUGGAUAUACGCUUGAAAAUCGUACUUCUCGUUUGCGAGUUCAUGUUAGUCGAAAUUUCUAUCGGGUAUACGAUUAUAAGAGUAGGUCGACAAAGGGACCCAAGAAAACUUCAAUGUCAACUUGCAGAUGAAACAGAACUAGACAUGAAGCACACACAGAAAGUAAACGACACUGACGUCGCUCUGACACUUGCAAAUGGAACGGUUUCAGUAAAAAUAAACGAUGGGACCAUCGUUCAACUUCCAACCCCCAUUUUUGAGACCGGUCGUAAGUUCAGGCUAACCUCUGUACACCGAAUAGCCAAAGAACAUAUAAGGCGCGUGCGUUCUACAUCUCAGCGGGCCUGAAAACCCGCAUUUUUUGUCUGUAGGCCCUCUAGACAAGAAAUGCGCAUUUUCUGUCUAAAAUAGAGACAAAAUUUGCAAAACUUGUCUGAGAUAACAGACAAAGAGCCUGUCUGUUAGCCUGGACGAAAACUUCAAAAUGUUGUCUGGACUCCAGACAAGAAACGAGGAAUCCUGUCUGGUAGUCAGACAAACUUUUUUGUCUGACCAGAAACGGCAAAUCCUGUAAAAAUCUUUAUCCACAGAAAGUUUCGAUUCUCCUCUCUGUAGGACUUGCGAGUUGCAUUUCACAGCCCAAGUUCUACGACGGAACUUGUCCGAACAACGAAAUACAAGGCCAACCACCGUCGCCGCUGACCCCGAUCACGGUGAAGAACACCCUCCGCCUUGGAACUUCUGCGUUCCUUGAGACUGUUUUCGUUUCUGGCCGAAAGGCCAAACACCAACAAAUUCGAAGGUCACUUAGCUCGCAUGACGAAAGAAAACUAUCUCGCUCAAAAGAAAUGGGUUCCUCUCAUGAGCGAGAAACGCAGAGAAAAAAUCGCGUUCAUAGUGCCCUCUCGCUCACGCUUUUUGCGUGCGUUUUUGUUUUUUUCUCUGCGUUUCUCGGCUCUGGGUUUCUCGCUCAUGAGAGGAACCCAUUUCUUUCCUGAGCGAGAAAGUUUUCUUUACUUGUGCGGGCAAUGUUUUUUCCGAAUUUGUUGGUCUUCGGCCUUUCGGCCAGAAACGAAAACAGUCUCAAGGAACGCAAAAGUUCCAAGGCGGAGAGUGUUCUUCACCGUGAUCGGGGUCAGCGACGACGGUGGUUGGCCUUGUAUUUCGUUGUUCGGACAAGUUCCGUCGUAGAACUUGGGCUGUGAAAUGCAACUCGCAAGUCCUACAGAGAGGAGAAUCGAAACUUUUUGUGGAUAAAGAUUUUUUACAGGAUUUGCCGUUUCUGGUCAGACAAAAAAGUUUGUCUGACUACCUACCAGACAGGAUUCCUCGUUUCUUGUCUGGAGUCCAGACAACAUUUUGAAGUUUUCGUCCAGGCUAACAGACAGGCUCUUUGUCUGUUAUCUCAGAGAAGUUUUGCAAAUUUUGUCUCUAUUUUAGACAGAAAAUGCGCAUUUCUUGUCUAGAGGGCCUACAGACAAGAAAUGCGGGUUUUCUGCGAGGAGUCCCGCUGAGAUGUAGAACGCACGCGCCUUAUAUGUUGUAGAAACUUUUUCGUUGUUCUGAGGCUUCUUUUGAUUUACCUCUGAAAUUGUCUGCUCUUACUUUAGUGCUGUUCCAUGGUGCUCUCGCGGUCAACUACAAUGACGCGACGACAUCUUUACUGUCGGUUGAUAUCGAUGAGAGCGACCGGAACUCCUCUUAUAUCCCGAUCCCACUUCACUUCACAGAAGGUAUGAAUUUAUCUCAAGCCUGCUUUCCGCUGUAACUUGAUCAUAACUGACGGUUUCAGGUCAAUGUCUGACCGUCAACUUCGCCAUCUCUACCGGUUUCUUUGCCCUGUUGGACCGCUUUGAUCAAGUCCCUCUGUUGGUGAAUAUCUGGGGCACAAACUUUAAAGUUGCUCGUCGCAUGGUUGCUCAGUCAACAUUAUAUGACAUAGGGCUCAGCGGAGACUGCAAAGAUAUUCUUAUUGAAUAUCAAAAGGAGGGCACUUUAAUAUCCAUCUGCGAUAAUAAUAUCACAAUCCCGCAUCCGGAACAAGGCCCUCCUGAUUACUAUCGCCUGUCUAUUCCUCAGAAUUAUAUGCCUGAUUAUAUGGGGUACUCUGUGUCCAAUGGAUCGUCCUUCACCACUCCAUCGACUUCAUCGCCAUCAUCGACUUCGUCGGCUUCAUCGACUUCAUCGCCAUCAUCGACUUUAUCAUCGUAA